AUGCAUGCAGCAAAGGUUGGUAAUGCAGGGGACGUGAAUGUGACUUGGAAACAGAAAUCAAGAGAGGAACUUGUUCCAGGUUGCGAAGCAAUGUCUCUAAUGGAGCAAGGCCCACGUAAAAAGAAGGAAUGCGUCGGAGAGGGGAAAACUGUUGGACUUGAGAAGAAGGGACGAAAGAUCAAUAGUAUUGGAAAGAGCGGGGGAUUGGCUCUUCUUUGGAGUGAGGAUGUCUCGGUUGAUAUUCAAACUUUUAGUUACCGACACAUUAAUGGUGUUUGUCAAACGAAAAGUAUGGAUGCUAAAUGGAAGUUCAUCGGAUUCUACGGACAUUCGGAAACUACCAAACGGUAUGAGGCUUGGGAAUUACUCAAGUUUUUGGCUAGACUUCAACCGCUACCAUGGAUUUGCAUCGGGGAUUUCAAUGAAAUUACCACUAUGUCGGAGAAGUGGGGUGGAGGAGGAAGAAAUAGUAGCCAAAUGAGGAAUUUCCAACAAACUCUGGAAAGUUGUGAACUGUUUGACCUUGGGAUUAGGGGCCCGAAGUAUACUUGGAGCAUUGGGCAGUCGGGGAAUACUUUAAUAAAGGAGCGGCUUGACAGGGGUUUUGCAAACCAUGACUGGUGCAAUUUAUUCCCAGAGGCUGAGAUUUGUGUGGAAGCUUCUACUAAUUCAAACCACACAUUGUUGACUCUCUGCUUGAGUGGACAGCAAAGGCCAAGGUAG